AUGGCAUCAUUAAUUUCUAGAAUAAAUCGUCAAUUCAAUUAUCAGUUAUCGUGGUCAACAAUAAUUUUAACCUACUUUUUAAUUACUAUUAUAAUCCUUUACGAAGUACAUGUAGUAGUGGUAUGGUAUCCUUUCAUUGAUACUCCUUUUCUAUUACAUUUACUCUGGCUAAGCUUUUUAGCUGUUCAUAUCUAUAUCAACAUCUUUAUGGUUUUAUAUGUUGAUAGUUCACCUAGUAACAUAAUCCUGCCUGCUACUCUUAAACCUGGCUGGAAACAUUGCGCUGAUUGCGGUUGGAAUGUCCCUCCGCGUGCAUCUCACUGUUAUAAAUGCAAUAUUUGCAUCCUUAAACGAGAUCAUCAUUGUUUUUUCUUUUCAAUGUGUAUUGGCUUAAAAAAUCAUCGAUACUUUGUUGUUUCAAUUAUCUACCUUUUCUUCGGUGUAUUGUAUGCAACGAUUGUCAAUUUUACCUUCGCAUCAGAGGUGUAUAACGGAUUUACCCUCGGUCGUUUGAUAGCUUGUUUUAUGCCUCUCCCAGCUUGGCUCAUAGGGUAUUCUACUUCGUACGAAGCACUAGCCGGAUUUUUUUGUGCCUUACCUUUAACAGCUACUAUCAGUAUUGGAGGCCUGGUAUAUUAUGAAAUGCACUUGGUAUUAAAUGGGCAAACCUGGAAAGAAGCUGCUACCAACGACUUUAGCUACCGCUUGUCAGUAACCGAAAACUUAGCUGUUGUAUUUGGAAAGUAUUGGUGGAUUUGUUUCAUUAAUCCUUUAAUGUCCUCAGGAUUAGAAGGUGAUGGCAUAACUUUCAAAAAGCAACAGAAGAAAGCUCGUUGA